CAAAACUAAUCACUUCCGGUUAUUUGCAAAAUUCGUAAACACACACGUCAGUCGGUCACUUAGGUCAGUUUUGUCUGAUUUGCUAUCGACAGGGCGCAGUCAUAAUAAUGACAAUGUGAUAUAGAUCAUGAUGCAGGAAAAUGUUGAACUCAACUCCACGCCUUAGCAUGUAUCAACUCCGUGGAAGAGUGGGUGGGUUCCUGAUUCUGGUGUUUGCAGUGGCGUUGAUCAUCGUAGUCGCAGGUUAUGAUGACCUCAGGCACAGAUUUGUCUCAAAGUCCAUCUUUAAGGACAAAAAGAAUCCUUAUGUAUUUAAUGGAGAAGCCACACUUAAUGUACGCAAUGAAAAUCUGAGGGGAAGUAACGGAUUUGCCCAAAGCAUAACAAGUUCACCUGGUUUGCCCAGUAAAAAUGAUAAGGAUGUGUAUGCAAUAGUGUUUGAUGCUGGGAGCACAGGGUCAAGGGUUCAUGUCUUCAAGUUUAGAAUAUUACCAGAUGGACUUUUGAGACUGGAUAAGGAGCUCUUCAAGACAACUAAACCAGGACUGUCAGCUUAUGCUAGUGACCCAAGGAUGGGGGCUGAGUCUCUCAGGCCAAUGGUGAUUGAGGCCCUUGCCUUUGUUCCAAAAGCCAAGCAGAGGUCAACUCCCAUAACCCUGAAGGCCACGGCUGGAUUGCGUCUUCUGUCUGAAGGAGUAGCUGACAACAUUCUAAAUGAGGUCACUCAAAUGUUUAGAGAAUACCCCUUUCCAUUGGGAGACAUCAGUAUCAUGGAUGGCAUAGAUGAAGGAAUAUUUAGUUGGAUAACCCUCAAUUAUAUACUUGGUACCCUCACCAGUGGCAACAAGACAGUAGCUGCCCUAGAUUUGGGAGGGGGCUCCACACAAAUUACAUUUGUCCCCCAACACAGGGAAACUGUGAAAGCUGUGCCCAAAAACUUCACUAGUAAAAUCACAUUGUUCAACAGAAGCUACAAAUUAUAUACACAUAGUUACCUAGGCCAGGGAUUAAUGUCAGCCAGGUUUUCCCUACUGUCAGAUAAUAGAAAUCCAGCUGAUGUACUGAACACAACCAUUCUUACCAGUCCAUGCUUGCCAAACAAUUUCUCUGGAAAAUUCCGAUUUGGAUCACAUAAAUACCAAGUUGGGAACACCACAGAUUUUAGAUUCAGCAUUUACAGUUCGCUGACCAAUGGAAGCUCUUUCUCUGCCUGUUUAAAGGAUGCUGUUAAUUUUGUGGAUAAAUACAUGGUGGAUAUAAAGGAACUCAGCAAUGCUGAUAUAUAUAUCUUCUCCUAUUUUUUCGAUAGAGCAAAAGAUGCUGGAAUCAUAGGGAGAAGUGGAGGCCAGAUGACAGUAAAAGACUUCAAAAGGGCAGCUAGACAUUAUUUUUCCAAUCCUUUACUUGAUCACCCAUACUUAGGGAUGGACCUCACUUAUAUUUAUGCUUUACUUCAUGAUGGUUACCACAUACGAUCCAAUAAAGGAAUGGAGGUAAUAAAAAGAGUCAAGCAGACAGAAAUAAGCUGGGCUUUAGGAUCUGCAUUUCAUUUGUUGUCUUCCAUGGGCUUGGCUCGAUAAUACAUGAACACCCACAGAUUAUGUUAUUGAUUAUGACAUUGUAUAGAUUUGAUGGGAUCUCAUUUUGAUGUAAAUGUGCGGGUUAUUUCAAUGGAAGUGUAUGCAUUUAUGAUUUGGUCAUUACUGUUUCAAUUGCACCUGUCCAGUAAACAGUUAAGCACAUGUUCAUCUAGCACACAAGCACCAGUACAUGUAUAUAUACACAAAAUAUUUACAUGUACAUUUACAUGUGUGUAAUGACAUGACUGACUUAUACUGUAGAUUCCUAAUUAAACACGAGGAAUUAAUUUCCACAUAAAAUCGUGAGAAGUAACCAUCGCAAAUUUUAAAGUCUCGCUUUAAUUUUUCAGACAGUUUUGAAGUAUAGGAAAUUAACCAAACAAAUAGUGAUCAAGAUUUUUUUUCUCGCAAUUUGAUACAAAACGGCGUAAUCGCUGAAUUAAGUACUCGCGUUAAAUAAGGAAUUUACAGUUAUCAGUAUGAUUCCUUGCCAGGAAGGUGAUUCAAUAUUCAGCCUAGCUGAAUUACUGCAUUAUACUAUAUGACUGUGUUAUUGUGAUUAAUAACUUGCCCAGAGAUUAUUUUGAAGUGCGUGUUAAUAAUUUCGAAAUACCAAGAUUUUUGCACCUUUUGUAUGUUUUCCACAGUCUCAUUUCCUAAACUGUAUUGAAUGUGUGGGUUAAUUGUUAUAAGUGUUUUACAUUAUGUACUUAAUGUACAUGUGCAGUAUAUUUGUUGUUUUUACAGAGAAUUAAUGAAACUGCAUCAUGCAUAUAUGACUGAUAAAGUCUGUGAUUGGUUUCAAAAUAUUAUUUUUUUUUGUAAUGAUUAAAGAGACCAGCCUUUGCAAAAUUCUAAAUAGCCACUUUUAUUUUAACUGUUAACAAUACAACUUUUGAAAGAAAAAAAAUUGGUUAUCUGACAUCACUGUGUCAUUUUCUCUUCUUUACUCUCUGGGAAUUCUUUAUAUAUAUA